GCCUAUUAACCCAAAGCUAAAGCCCUAAACCCUGUCGUCCGGUGAAUUGUCCCAUGUCAAUGGAGUCAUUUCUAGGGUUUGCUGUACCAAUCUCCGACGACGCCGUUCCAUUCCCCAGCGACGAUUCAUUUUCCGGUUACAAGCUAGUCCCGUGGAUAAGCUGGGACGACUGGCGCUUCGUCAAAGACGGUCUCUUCUCUUCGUCUCCCCAUUCAAUCGCUUCAUCUCUCCGAAGAGUGUCUGCGUGGCGAAGCAGGGGGUGCGUUCCGGUUGUAGUUGAAGUUACGGCUUCGAUUAUCGAGAUUCAGCAGAAAGAUCCUUUCUUUCGUGAUGAUGUUUCCGAGAACUUGUUGCAUUCGGAUGAGAUGUUGUCUAUGUUAUAUAGCAUGGCAAUUAUGAGACUUGUGAAUGGUGUUGUGGAAAAGACACGCAAGAAGAAUGAGGUUUCAAUUGGGGAAGCAGCAGAGGUACUUGACAUUCCACGUAUGCUAAUUGAUGUUCGUCAUGAGUGUUCACAUCGUGAUCUGCCAUCUCUUCGGCUUGUCCGACUUGCUUCUCUUAAGGCACUCGACUGGUUGAAGUCUUAUUACUGGGACCCUCAGACAAUAGCUAUUCCGAGCAAUCAAACUGUUAACGUUAAAAAGGAGAUUAAGUCUGUAUUGCGUGAAUUACUUCUCUCGUGUAAUGUCAAGCAAUCUCCUGGGUCAAAUUCUACGAUGGACAAAGAAAAACGUGUUAAAAAUUCUAAAAUCCUUUUUGGCCGUAACAAGGUUCUCUCACUUAAGGCUCACAAGGUUUCUUUCAAGCCUGCAGGUCCUAAGAAACAAAUCAACAAAAUCUUGAAAAGCUUUUCGCGGUUGUACUCUUCUUACUCUCCUGAAGUAGUAUCUGUCCUCUUGAGGUUGCUGCUGAAGGCAUCAGAUUCUGUAGAUAUGGUAAUGCGUGUAAAGAAUCCUCUUAGCCACUCUGCUAGCAGUUUGCAGACUGCGUUGGAUGAUUGGAAGCCUGUCAUCAUAAAAUUGUUAAACAGAGAGCCAGAGUUGCUUGUGACCCUUCUCAGAGGAAUUCUUGAUAUGAUCGAGACUCUAGAGUCAGGGAAUUAUGAUAUUGAAGCAGAACAUUUUAGGUCAGUAGAAGCUGUCUCUGAGAUUGAACAGCUAUGUAAACUUUUUGAGUGGCUGGUGAUCAGUUGUAAAGGAUUAAAGGUCGUGGUGGACAAGGAGAGUGCAGUUAAAACUAGUUCAUCUACAGAUCUGGUUGUUUCAAAUACAACAUUAGUGGAAUAUCUACGUAGAUGUCUAAAGUUAUGUCCUGGCAACAAUCAAUUAAUGAAGUCAGCCCUGAUUAUUGCACAUAUGACUGGGAAUAGCAAUCUUACUCAGAAACUUAAGAAACUUUCUUCAAUAAAUAAUUUGACUUUACAAGAUGAAAAUGAAAUUAUGCCCUCCGUCAGUUCUGAAAGAUACCUCUCCCAGCAAGAGGAUCAUCUCCAGAAAGCAGCAGAGAAGCUAGAGGGUUUCAAGCAGCGGCAUGUGAAGAACGUUAAUGCAAAUGCGACAGAUGAACAUGUUGGGAGUAGAAGUGUAUGGGUGGUGGCAAAAUCUUGGAAACCAUGUUCCAUCGGUAUGUUGCCUUGUGCUAUUGGUUCUUCUGCUCAUCUUCCUGUUCUUGACGGUGAUCAUCACUGUGAAGAAGCUAAAACCUUAUCUGCAAUCAAGGAGCUCCCAGAGUUGAAUCAUUGUGUUGGUAAAAGAGAAGCAGAUUGUAGUGUUGAAAAUCUGGACAUUACAUGUCACAAAAAAGUGAGAGGGAGCAAUGCAGGUCUAGAAUCAGAAGACACAGAAAACCAAUCAUUAGAAGGUGAAUACGGUCAUCUGAUGUUGGGUGGAGUGUGGAAGAAAGUUCAGGAAGACGAGAUACUUGACAUUGCAUCAGACAUCAGGAUUUUGAUCUAGUGACUAAAACCUUACAGGCUUACAUUCAGCUAAUUGGACAUUGUGCUGCUUGCUUUCUCUUUGCUGAAAACAUUAGUGGCUGGCCACCAUAGAUUUCAUUGUUGCUGUUUGAUUGCCUGGUUUCAAGCGGAAUUGUCAGAGUUCGAAUGCUGCAGUCUCAGGGAAUCGCCACUGCAGAAACUCUUAGAGCUUUUGGUAAGAAGUAUGCAUUUGUUUGCUAUGUUUCCUGUCUGUUAUCUCUUAAAAUUUUGCAAUUAUUUAAAAUUUAUGUACAAUUUUCAUUUACUUUACUAAAGAAGCCAAGUACAAGACCUGAGAUAUUCUUUAAAAAGUGAACCAAUGAAUAUUGAUUACAUGAGCAGGCGAGUUC